AUGUCGCACGAUGUCGGCGUCAUACAGCAUGAGCGAGUGUGGUGGAAAGACGCCUGUAUCUAUCAGGUAUAUCCGGCUAGCUUCAAAGACUCUAACGGAGACGGCUGGGGAGAUAUACCCGGUCUGGUCUCCAAGCUCGACUAUCUGAAGGACCUUGGCGUGGAUGUCGUUUGGCUGUCACCAAUGUUUGAGAGCCCGCAGGUCGACAUGGGAUAUGAUAUAUCCGAUUACGAGGCCGUUUAUGCACCGUACGGCACAAUUAAAGAUGUCGAAACUUUGGUGAAAGGCUGCCACGACAGAAACAUGAAGCUCAUUUUGGACCUCGUGGUAAAUCAUACGUCUAUAGAGCAUGCUUGGUUUAAGGAAUCAAGAUCAUCAAAAGAUAACCCGAAGAGAGACUGGUAUUUCUGGCGUCCAGCUCGAUACGAUACCAACGGCAACAGACUGCCCCCGACGAAUUACCGAAGUUACUUUGCUGGCAGCACAUGGACUUGGGAUGAGCAGACCGAGGAAUACUAUCUACACCUUUAUGCACCGGAACAGCCAGACCUCAAUUGGGAUAACGAGGAAUGCCGCAAAGCCAUAUACAAAAGUGCAAUGGAAUUUUGGCUUGAUAAAGGUAUUGACGGAUUCAGGGUUGAUACCGUCAACAAAUACAGCAAGGUGUUGCCCUUUGUGGACGCACCCGUCACAGAUCCUAACAGUUACGUUCAAGCAGCACCGCAAUUCUGGUGCAAUGGCCCAAGGAUCCACGAGUUUUGCAAGGAAAUGAAGAGUGUUGUUCUGGAUCAAUACCAAACAUUUGAUCAUGGGCCUCUGGUGACAGUUGGGGAGCUGUCUCUCACACCUGAUCCAGAAGGUGUCCUGGAAUACGUCUCGACCGCAGCCCAGGAGCUCAGCAUGGUCUUCCAAUUUGACUUCACCCAUCUUGGUAUGGGCAAUGGUUUCGAUGGAAAAUACGACUACCAAUCAUGGAAGUUGUCGGAGAUGAAACAAAUAGUCGAGAAGUGGCAGACAUUCGUCGACAACACCGAUGGUUGGACUACAGUAUUUAAUGAGAACCACGACAAUGGUCGGUCAAUAUCGCGAUUUGGCAACGACAGCCCUCAGUGGCGCGAAAUGUCGGCGAAGAUGCUGGCUCUCAGUCUCAUCGGCCAGACCGGCACACUCUUUCUGUACCAAGGCCAAGAAAUAGGAAUGAUCAACGCCCCGAAGGAAUGGCUGAUCGAAGAGUACAAAGAUGUGGAAUCGAUCGGCCACUACGCGGAGGCUGUUAAAUUGUCACAAUCAGGGGUAGAUCCGACAAGAAAGGAACGGAUUAUGAAAGGCUUGCAGGUCAUGGCCCGCGAUCACGCUCGGUUGCCGAUGCAAUGGGACUCAUCAGCCCAUGGGGGCUUCACGACACCGGAGGCGAAGCCCUGGAUGCGGGCUCAUGACUUGUACACUGAGAUAAAUAUUGAGAAGCAGAAGCAAGACGACAAAGGCGUCUUAAGCUUCUACAAACACGCGCUAGCGCUCCGAAAAGAGCACCGCGAUGUUUUAAUCUAUGGCUCCUUUGAGCUUCUAGAUCCUGAGAACGAGGACACAUUCAUCUACCGCAAGAGAUACGCUGGAAAGGCUGCACUGGUCGCACUGAACUUCACAGGCUCUGUGCAAGCGAUCCGGCUGGAGAAUGAGGACAAGAACAAGAUGAAACUAUGUCUUAGUACCUAUGAGAAGACAGAGAAUUUGCUCCUUCAGCCCUAUGAAGGACGCAUUUACUUGAACUCCUGA